GGCCGAGAGCGGAGGGAGCGGGCGGCUCCGCUGCCGCGGGACGCGGCUCAGGCUCCGUGCCCGGCGGUGACCGGCCCUGGUGCUCCCCUUCUCCGCAGGUGCUGCGAGGGACAUGCGGCACUGACGAGCGGGCUCGGCCCAGGCUCCGCUGCGGGCCUGACGGGCGCGUCCUGAACUCGGAGCGGUCUGGAUGAACGCGGCGGCGAAAGUCGGCGGCGAGUUGGGACCAGCAUGAACACCUCGGUUCUCGCCCCACUGGGAAAUAUUUCCGGUCAUCUGAAUUUUUCGGAGAUGAACUCGCAGAUCUUGCAGUUUGAGGAUGAAGAUUGCCAUGUGCCUUUGGCCAUGGUCUUCACUUUGGCCUUGGCUUAUGGGACUGUGAUAAUUCUGGGAGUUUCCGGGAAUCUGGCCUUGAUCGUCAUUAUUUUAAAACAAAAGGAGAUGCGCAAUGUCACCAACAUUCUCAUUGUCAACCUGUCGUUUUCUGAUCUCCUAGUGACCAUCAUGUGUCUUCCCUUUACCUUUGUGUACACUUUAAUGGACCACUGGAUUUUUGGGGAGGCCAUGUGCAAGCUGAACCCUUUUGUGCAAUGUGCUUCCAUCACUGUCUCCGUCUUUUCUUUAGUCCUCAUUGCUAUUGAGCGCCAUCAGCUGAUCAUAAAUCCCCGCGGCUGGAGGCCAAACAACAGACAUGCCUACAUGGGGAUUGCUGCCAUAUGGAUUUUAGCCACAGCUUCCUCUUUGCCUUUCCUGAUCUACCACGUAUUAACAGAUGAGCCCUUCAGAAAUGUCACAUUUGAUGAAUAUAAGAACAAAUAUGUGUGCUUGGACCUGUUCCCCUUGGACACUGCCAGGCUUUCUUAUACCACAACGCUUUUGGUGAUUCAGUACUUUGGGCCACUUUGUUUUAUAUUUAUUUGCUACCUGAAGAUAUACAUACGGUUAAAAAAAAGGAACAACAUGAUGGACAAGAUGAGAGACAGUAAGUACAGAUCCUCUGAAACCAAAAGGAUCAACAUCAUGCUGAUUUCAAUAGUGGUCGCAUUUGCAGUUUGCUGGCUGCCUCUCACCAUCUUCAAUAUCGUGUUUGAUUGGAAUCAUGAAAUUCUGCCUGUUGCUACCUGCAGCCACAACCUGUUGUUCCUGAUUUGCCACCUCACUGCCAUGAUCUCCACCUGUGUGAAUCCCAUCUUCUACGGGUUUCUCAAUAAGAACUUCCAAAGGGACCUUCAGUUUUUUUUUCAUUUUUGUCAUUUCCACUCCCGUGAGGAGGAUUAUGAGACUAUAGCCAUGUCUACCAUGCACACAGAUGUCUCAAAAACCUCUUUAAAGCAGGCAAGCCCCAUCACAUUUAAAAAAAUAAAUACUGAUGAUGAUGAAAAAAUAUAAAGAAGUAAUAAAAAUUCUACACCAAACUGCAAGAAGUGUGAUUGCAGGUGAAGUGUGUCCAAGGACAAGCACAAUUGCAUAACAAGUACAAAAAGGGUAAUGUUUUUCUUCCUUUUCCAAGGAACUUUGAUUGUUGUCGCUUUGAAAUUAUGUGCUGUGCAUUUUUGCCCCUUUUACUGCUUUAAUAUAGAAGUUAUAUCUGAAUUUUAUUGUAAGAUAUAGUCGGACCUGCUACUUCCUAUGGUUUUCAUCAGCUGUUUUUGUUCUAUUUUCUUUGUACAGUUCUGUGCUUCAGCACAAAGGUUUACUUAUUGAUCUUUUUUCAAAGAAAUAGUUUUCAGGAGUGUCCAUUUAAGACCAUUGAAAAAAUAUGAACCACAGGGACACUUUCAUUACAGAGGAUAUCCACCAAAUAAUAAAAUUAGGAAAUUCUGAUUUGAAGAGGACUUUUUUUUUUUAAAAUUCAUCUUCUGAUUGAUGCUAAAAUCCUGUAAAAUCAGUGUAGUUAUGCAAAAAAUGAAUUAUGUAAAACCUGUAGAAUAUGUUUAAAUGGGGACAUACAGUUGUCUCAUUCAAGAAGGCAAUUUGGGCUGUAAUCACUUAGUUUCAAAGACAGGAUUAAGAAAUUCUGUUCUCAUUUACAAUAAUGAAACCCUACAGUAAUUCCAGAGAGAAUAAUGGGAUAACUGAUGCUUCAGCACAGCAAAUGAAAACAUAAAUGAGGCUUCAGUCCCAAAUGAUUACAGCUGGUUUUAAUAACACAGGCUUUUUAAUUUAAAAAAUCCAAACCUGAUCUUCAUCUGGCAUCACUGAGAGGAGUUAUUGGGAUGAAAUGCAUCAUCUUUUCUGAGCCUGUGAACCAUGUAAAUUCUCCUUGAGCCCUAUGUCCAGAAUCUAGAGGGAGAUGGGACUGUUUGCUGUCUGGACAAGGUGCAAUUUCAUCCUCACAGGUGACAGAGAAAUUCAGGUCUAGUAUUAAAAAAAUUAAGAUUGGGCUACCUGAGUCUUUUCAUAGUAAUUAGUGUUGACCUAUAUAAAUUAUGUAUAGCCUCAUAAUACUUUAUGUUCAGGUGCAAUAGCAUAAACCUGGAUAAUCUCGAAGACAAAGGAUAGUUUAAUGAAGACCUGCAAAAUUUAAAAGAAGGAUAUGAAUAUAGUUUGGGUAUAAUUGGUAUGUUUAACUUUCAAACUCACAUUUCCCACAGUUGGUUGAAGUGUGGAAACAUUUGCCAAAUAUACACAAUAGACCUCUGUUACUGCUUAAAAUACAUAUCCUCUAAUUACACAAAAUAUUCAUGGCUAGAUCCCAGUUGAGGGAAAGCAUAUAACUUGACUACUGUAAAUGAAAUUACAACAAUACCAGCCAGCUGAGGUUCUGUGUCAUGCAGUGUACUUCGCUAUAUCAUCAUGUCUUUUUGAAUAAUGAGCUUUUUAAAAUACAAUAUAAGACCCUACUUUCUUUCAGCAAGAUCACUUUAAAUCAUUCUGGCAGACAAGAGGGUCUUUAAAAUGGAUAUAAAUGUAAAUGCAACAUAAACGGAAAUCCGAUGUGAUAAAUUUCUGAGCAAAAAUAUCUCAGGCUAUGAGAUGUUAUGGUGAAUUUAAAAAAAUAUGUUCUAAAUUUGACAUAGAUAAAUGCCUAAGAAAUUAAAAUCGUUUGGGUUGCAAGUAUUUAAAAGUGAAACACCGUGCCUUGUGCUGUCUUAUAAAUGGUGUAGAAUAUUAAAGUAGCAAUGUGUUCUUGUGCAUUAUAAUUCCAUGUAUUUCUCUACUGUGAGAUAAUUUAAUUUAAAAGGAGUUUUCUGGGCUUGAGAACAGAGGCAAAAUGUAGAAAAUUAAUUAUAAGACAGAAGGUUCUUUCAGAGCCUUGCCUUUUGUAUUUUAUGAGAUUUCCUUUUUCUUUGUGCUUCUCCAUGGAAUGUGCUGUUAAUAAUUUUACAAGGGUUUCCUAAAUUUACUUCUCUCUCACUUUGCAACAAUUUUCAUGUUUCAAAUAUAUUUUCACAAUGAGAUACAAUU